AUGAACGAGUAUUUAAUCUGUUUCUUCUUGAUUGUGGGGCAUUUGGCUUCCAGGUUGAAUGGCCAACAACAGUAUUCUGGAAAUUCUGUUUUGAGCUGCAACAACACCGAUAAAAAAGGACCAUCUCCAGCAUUCUUAUAUUCCUGCAAUGGCGAAAAGCAUUUUUGCCCAGCAUUUCUGAUUUUCAGAUCUCAAUCAACUUAUAAUUCAGCCACCGCCAUCUCGAACCUCACAUCUUCCUCUGCAGUGGAACUUGCUCGUAUCAACAAUAUCUCGAUAUCUGGGGUCUUGCCUCAGAGCAGAGAGGUGAUUGUUCCCGUCAAUUGUUCGUGUUCAGGUCAGUACUACCAGGCUAACGCCUCUUAUCUUAUCCAGAGUGACUACGAUACCUACUAUACAAUAGCAAACAACACUUAUCAGGGGCUUUCGACUUGUGAUGCACUUAAACGGGAAAAUCCCUACGAUGCAUUGGACAUUGGACCUGGUAUGACUUUGCGGGUGCCACUUAGAUGCGCAUGCCCUUCAAAAAAUCAGACAAGAAAUGGCAUAAAAUUUUUGCUGACCUACUUGGUUACUUGGAAUGAUAACAUUGCUGAUCUUAGUUACAGGUUUAACGUGACUGCCAGAAGUUUAGCUGAUGCCAAUGGAUUUUCUGAAAAAGAUCCAGUUCUUUAUCCUUUUACAACUAUUCUGAUACCUCUGUCAGGUGAACCGUUUAGUUCCCAACCAACGGUUUAUUCUUCAGUGGAUGCGCCUUCUCCAUCCACUCCUCCUAGAAGGCGCAAGGAGUCCCAAAUAGGGAUUUAUAUUGGGAUAGCGGCUGGAAGCUCUUUUGGUAUUCUCUCUUGUGUCUUGUUUCUUAUCUUUUCCCAUUUCGUGCGAGGCAAAAUUAAUGAAGCUUCUUUGAAGAACAAAGACGGGAACAAGAUGCAGAAUUUACCUGCAAAUAUUCUGGAUAAAAUUGCUGAUUUUGAUCAGGAGCUGAAAAUUUAUGAAUUUGAAGAACUGGAGGCAGCAACUGGAAAUUUUUCCCCACAGAAGAAGCUGAGUGACUCUGUCUAUCGUGGUGUUCUUCGUGGGAAAUUGGUGGCCAUUAAAAGGAUGAGCAAAGAUGUCAGGCGGGAAGUCAAAAUUCUUCAAAAGAUAAACCACUUCAACUUGAUUAGCCUCUAUGGUGUGUGCGAGCGUAAUGGUGUUUACCACCUUGCUUAUGAGUUCAUGGAAAAUGGAUCCGUGAAGCAAUGGCUCAAGGAAAAGGGUUUCCCUGAGAUUCAAAGUUGGAAUACUAGAAUUCGUAUUGCUCUAGAUAUUGCUAACGGGCUCGACUAUCUUCACAAUUUCACUGCUCCAGCAUAUGUGCACAAGGACAUAAAUAGUGGCAAUAUUUUACUUAAUGGUGAUCUGAGGGCCAAAAUUGCAAAUUUUAGCUUUGCUAAGUCAUCUGAAGGAGGUGAAUUUAGCAAUUCAUCGUCUACCACAUUUUUUCCGGGAACAAAAGGUUAUAUGGCACCGGAAUACUUGGAAGAUCAAAAGGUAGGUCCUAAAAUAGAUGUUUAUGCCUUCGGGGUUGUUCUUCUCGAGUUGAUCACUGGAAGAGAUGCCAUAUUUGUAGAAGGUGGCCAAGAUGUUCUGCUUUCUGAAGCAGUAAUCUCAGUCAUGGCUGCCGCAGAUGCAGAAUAUGCUAUUGGAGACCUUAUAGAUCCUUGCCUGCAAGUAAAGCAUCCUAUUGGUUACAUCAUUGAUCAUUCAGAACUUGCUCUUCGCCUGAUAAAAUUAAGUGUAGCAUGCUUGGCUAGAGAGCCGUCAGAAAGACUAACCAUGGCUGAAGUAAUUUCUAGAUUAAUGAAAAUUCAGUUAGAUGUCCAAAAAACAGAAUACUCCUUUUCUAUAGUAUAG